CACUUCCUGCCUGUGAUACAGCGACCCUGAGGCCGUCCCGUGGCCUCCCCGGGUUCCCCGACCCCUUCUCCGGCGCUCACGGACGCUGGGCGUCCUUGGUGGGGGCGCCGGCGCCCCGGGCGCCCAGCUGAGCGGCUCCUGACGCCCAGUAGUCUCGCUGAGUUGGUGUGGCAGAACAGUUGAACGGAGUUCGGCGGUGACAGGCGUGCAUAACGCUGGAGAGACGCGACUGAUACAGGGUGUCAUCGCGUCCGCUGAUUGGUCGCCUCGCCGGCUGACCCGGUCAAGGUCGGCGGUGCACGGCCAGGUCACGUGAUCACAAUGCCGUCACAACUGCGACUGCGAUGGAGCAAGUUCGGUCUCACCCACCACCGACCGGCCAGCUUCGGAACAGCCCAGUGGCAGAAACGUGAGACGGUCAGCGUCCCGUACCUCCUCUACCGUCUUCUGGUCUUCUGCUUCUUCUGGGGCUUCUUCGUGGCUCUGAUCGUGACGUCGACGCCCGACGUCAGGCCCUACCUCAUGAUCUACCUCACCGUGUGGACGUACAUGACGGCCAUGCUGGAUGUGGCGCUUCAGCUGGCGGCCUCCUGUACCGUGGCCUUCAGACAUCACUACGGAAUAAAGCCCGUUUGUCCACCGCUGCUGUACAAGACCCACUGGGUGAUUGUGAAUAUUUCCCACACAAUGGAGCCGUUCGUCACUAUUCUCUACUGGUCUACUGUGUUUCCCCAGCUCAGCGUCGCCGUCAACUACACCGAUCUCCACCUUCACCUGUUCACAACCAUCUACGCCAUCAUGGACUUGCUAAUCCACGGCAGUCCUCGGCGCUACCAUCACGUUCUCUACCCGCUCAGCUUCGCCUUGACCUACCUCUUCUUCACCAUCAUCUACUACUUUUGUGGAGGAGUUGGACCCGACGGCAGCACUGCCAUCUACCCCAUCCUGGACUGGGCGAAGCCGGGUCUGACGAUAGGGGUAGCGGUUGGUGCGGUGUUGGUGAUUUUUAUCCUUCAUGGUGUUACGUGGGGGUUGGUGAAGUUGCGACAGAAGAUGCAUGGAAGGUGGCAUGGGGAUAAGAGUGCAGAGGUGGUGAUGGUUGAGAGUCCCGAGGUAACGCAAGAUGGAGGAGAGAAUGGAAACGGGAUGAAGAGAGAUGAGAGUGGAGAAGGAGUGGGAAAGGAAGAGGAUAGUGGGAAGGGUGGUACGGAUAGGACGGAGGGCGUCUUAGAGCAGGAAGAGGGUAACGUCCAGACGAGGGAAAAUGAUGCUGAGAAGGGACAGAGCGAUGACGUGAAGAAGGCGAGAGAGGGCUUCGAGAACACAGGAUGUGACGUUGACAACGAAUAAGAAGAGAAGGGAACGAAAAAGAGAAGAAGAGAAGGUUAACGUUUUGCUCACAAUGAGUCAGGUGGCGCUGUUUGAAAAGACAAAGACCUCGUUAUUUGUGAAGCUCAGGAACUAAGAACAGGUGGCUUCGAGGAUGAAUUAUUUAAACCUAAGCGACUCUUUGACCUUAGAUUGUUGAGUGGCAGUCUGCAGGCCUACAUUAGGUAAUCAAAAUAUGGAACAGAAAGCCAAGUAUGAUGCUUCAUCAAAGGCACACUGCCUCCGUUUGUAUAGUAAGUGUUUUACGUCUAUUCACCUUUAUGACAUGUCGUUUAUAUUAUGACGUGUCAGGAUUAUUGGAAUACUUUGGUGAAGUGAUGACGUUGUGAUCAUUAGAAUUUACAUUGUGAACUUGGUUCGAAUACUGGCAAUUGUAAUCGUAUUCUCAUAGGCGACGUAUGUGUAUGUCAUAGCCAGCAGGUGACUUUCUUACGAUAAUUUUGUACACAUGGGGCGGCUAUUUAGCUACAGGCCACUUCCAUACGGAUGUUGUGUUUGCAUGAGCUUGCAUUGCAUAUUCCUUGGAGUUUUAUCUUUCAUCUAGGGAGUGUGACAACGUGUUUGGAUAUUUAUAUGUACGCUAUAGUAGACAUCGUUAUAUUCCGAGCUAGGUCCGAAACUGUAUUUAGUUUAGUUAAGCCACUGUUUGUCUGUUUUGUCUGCAAUCUACCUCACACAGUGCGACAUUGAGGGACACAUUGUCUAUACAAUUUCUGAAUGUGUAGGUAUGUAAGAUAUAUCGUGUAUGCCUCAUGGGGAUUUUCGUUAUAAUGCAAUACAUGACAUUUAAGCGUUGUGUGGUUUUGAAAC